GCGAGAAAGGCUUGAAAGGGAGGGUGUCGAGAAUGAGGAGAGGGAGGAGUCGAGGCCGCCUCCGCCUCCUCCACCUCCUCCUGUAGGAGGGGGUGCUGAGGGAGGGAACAGUUGCUGAUCUCUGGAUGUUCUGGGUAGUCUUGAGCAGGAGAGUAUGAGGCGAGCUCAGGCCCGGGUGCGGCCGGGCUUCGGGGGCGAAGGCGCUGCCGCUGCCACCGCCAUCUAACUCGCUGCUACCGCGAGGCCCGGCGCGCGGAUGGUGCUGGUGCGGCUCGGGUGUUGAUCCGCGUGUCCCCUCCCCCCUUUCCCCUCCCCCACGCGGUGGUCUCCUCUCCUCCCCCGGCCCGGCGGAGCCAUGUCUCGAGGUGGCUGCUGCCCACACCUGUUGUGGGACGUGAGGAAAAGGUCCCUCGGGCUGGAGGACCCGUCCCGGCUGCGGAGCCGCUACCUGGGAAGAAGAGAAUUUAUCCAAAGAUUAAAACUUGAAGCAACCCUGAAUGUGCAUGAUGGCUGUGUUAAUACGAUCUGUUGGAAUGAGACUGGAGAAUAUAUCUUAUCUGGCUCAGAUGACACCAAGUUAGUAAUUAGUAAUCCUUACAGCAGAAAGGUUUUGACAACAAUUCGUUCAGGGCACCGAGCAAAUAUAUUUAGUGCAAAGUUCUUACCAUGCACAAAUGAUAAGCAGAUUGUAUCCUGCUCUGGAGAUGGAGUAAUAUUUUAUACCAAUGUUGAGCAAGAUGCAGAAACCAACAGACAAUGCCAAUUUACGUGCCAUUAUGGAACUACCUAUGAGAUUAUGACUGUACCUAAUGACCCGUAUACUUUUCUCUCUUGUGGUGAAGAUGGAACUGUUAGGUGGUUUGAUACACGCAUCAAAACUAGCUGCACAAAAGAAGAUUGCAAAGAUGAUAUUUUAAUUAACUGCCGACGUGCUGCCACAUCUGUAGCUAUUUGUCCACCAAUACCAUAUUACCUUGCUGUUGGUUGUUCUGAUAGCUCAGUACGAAUAUAUGAUCGGCGAAUGCUGGGUACAAGAGCUACAGGGAAUUAUGCAGGUCGAGGAACUACUGGAAUGGUUGCCCGUUUUAUCCCUUCCCAUCUUAAUAACAAGUCCUGCAGGGUGACAUCUCUGUGUUACAGUGAAGAUGGUCAAGAGAUUCUUGUUAGUUACUCUUCAGAUUACAUAUAUCUUUUUGACCCAAAAGAUGAUACUGCACGAGAACUUAAAACUCCUUCUGCAGAAGAGAGAAGAGAAGAGUUACGACAGCCUCCAGUUAAGCGUUUGAGACUUCGUGGUGAUUGGUCAGAUACUGGACCCCGAGCAAGGCCUGAAAGUGAACGAGAAAGAGAUGGGGAGCAAAGUCCCAACGUGUCAUUGAUGCAGAGAAUGUCUGACAUGUUAUCAAGGUGGUUUGAAGAAGCAAGCGAAGUCGCACAAAGCAAUAGAGGACGAGGAAGAUCUCGACCCAGAGGUGGAACUAGUCAGUCAGAUGUUUCAACUCUUCCUACGGUCCCAUCAAGUACUGAUUUGGAAGUGGGUGAAAAUGAAACUGCUAUGGAAGUAGACACUCCAGCUGAACAGUUUCUUCAACCUUCUACAUCCUCUGCGAUGUCAGCUCAGGCUCAUUCAGCAUCAUCUUCUACAGAAAGCCCUCAUUCUACUUCUUUGCUGUCUUCUCCAGUCAGUGAACAAAGGCAGUCUGUUGAGGCAUCUGGACACCAUACACAUCAUCAGUCUGAAUUUCUAAGGGGGCCUGAGAUAGCUUUGCUCCGUAAGCGCCUGCAACAACUGAGGCUUAAGAAGGCUGAGCAGCAGAGGCAGCAGGAGCUAGCUGUGCGUACCCAGCAACAGCCUUCCACUUCUGAUCAGUCUUCUCGUGAGGGCUCUUCACAGGACCCUCAGGCUUCAGAUUCUCCUUCUUCUGUGGUUAACAAACAGCUCGGAUCCAUGUCACUUGACGAGCAACAGGAUAACAAUAAUGAAAAGCUGAGCCCCAAACCAGGGACAGGUGAACCAGUUUUAAGUUUGCACUACAGCACAGAAGGAACAACUACAAGCACAAUAAAACUGAACUUUACAGAUGAAUGGAGCAGUACUGCCUCAAGUUCUAGAGGAAAUGGGAGCCACUGCAAAUCUGAGGGUCAGGAGGAAUCCUUGGUCCCACAGAGCUCCAUGCAACCAUUAGGAGGAGAGAAUGAAGCAAAAGCUCCUGAAGAAUCAUCAGAGGAUGUGACAACACUUCAGGGAGGUACGUCUGCAGAAAGCACAGUUCAGAACAGUAUAGAUAUAGCACAAUCAGAUAAGUUUACUUUUGAGCCAUUGGAUUCCGGUUCAGGAGAAAGGAAUGACUUCAAUCUUGAUAGCCCUUGUGGGGUUCCCGAAGAAUCCACUUUGUCUGAAAAAGGCAAGGAACCAGGAACUUCAGAUCAAACUAGCACUGAAAGUGCUACCAGUCAGAGUACCAGCAAUCCCGAACCUCAAUCACAAACAGAAGCCAUUGGGCCUUUGGCUCAUGAGGAAACAUUGGCCAGGGACUCUGCUCUCCAGGACACAGAUGACAGUGAUGAUGACCCAGUGCUGAUCCCAGGUGCAAGGUAUCGAGCAGGACCUGGUGAUAGACGCUCUGCUGUUGCCCGAAUUCAGGAGUUCUUCAGACGGAGAAAAGAAAGAAAAGAAAUGGAGGAAUUGGAUACCUUGAACAUUCGAAGGCCACUAGUAAAGAUGGUUUAUAAGGGCCAUCGCAACUCCAGGACAAUGAUAAAAGAAGCCAAUUUCUGGGGUGCUAACUUUGUAAUGAGUGGUUCUGACUGUGGCCAUAUCUUCAUCUGGGAUCGUCACACUGCUGAGCAUUUAAUGCUUCUGGAAGCUGAUAAUCACGUGGUAAACUGCCUGCAGCCACACCCGUUUGACCCAAUUCUAGCCUCGUCUGGCAUAGAUUAUGACAUAAAGAUCUGGUCACCCCUAGAAGAGUCAAGGAUUUUUAACCGAAAACUCGCCGAUGAAGUUAUAACUCGAAAUGAACUCAUGCUGGAAGAGACUAGAAAUACCAUUACAGUUCCAGCCUCUUUCAUGUUGAGGAUGUUGGCUUCACUGAAUCAUAUUCGAGCUGACCGGUUGGAGAGUGACAGAUCAGAAGGCUCCGGUCAGGAGAAUGAAAAUGAGGAUGAGGAAUAAUCAGCUCUUAUUGGCAAGCACUUAGAUGUUCGGAAAUUUGUAUAAGACAUUUAUAUUUUUUUCUUUACAGAGCUUCAGUGCAAUUUUAAGGUUGUGGUUUUUUGGAGUUUUUCCCUUUUGGGGGGAUGACCUAACAUUGGUUUGGAAUGAUUGUGUGCAUGAAUUUGGGAGUGUGUGUAAAACAAAACUAGCGAAAUGUUUUAAAAACUUUUUGCCAUGUAUGAGGAGUGCUAGAAAAUGCAAAGUGCAAUAUUUUCCCUAACCUUCAAAUGUGGGAGCUUGGAUCAUUGUUGAAGAGUAAUUUUCAUUAUAGUGAAAAUGUUGGUUCAAAUAAAUUUCUACACUUGCCAUUUGCAUGUUUGUUGCUUUCUAAUUAAAGAAGUUGGUUGUUUUAAGAUA